AUGUAUGCCAAGUACAAGACAAAACUCGGCAAAGGAGGUGAACGCAACAACCAGGGCAAUGAGCUGGGCGCUGUGGUACGCAGCCGCAGUAGUUUGGAUAUCGACCUGCCGGUUUAUUCGCCGCAGACUAAGCCCCCGGUCUACACUCAGGAAAUCCAGCAGCCGUUGCCACCUAAAUACCGCUUGUCCAUGAUACUGCCAAUAGCCAAUAAGUACAAAUUUAAUGACGGGUCUUUCAAGUAUGAGCGCCCGUAUAGACACACAAUAGCGCUCCCGCUGCCUGUGGCCCAUGUUCAGGGGUACCUGGUAAUUUUUUUCUACAAGAACCACAAGGAGAAGAAAAAGGCUCUCGAGACGCAGGAGUUAAGGAAUUUGGCAAUGAGGCAUGAGAGCAUAGAAAUUGACCUGCCGGUUUACUCGCACGAAACCCGUGAGCCGGUGGCUGAAGGCUCAGAAAUACUUCCUCCGCCGCCUGCGUAUCGCUCAGAUGUCGCUCUGAACAUGUCGCGUAUGGACUCAAAGGCGUUGGAGAUUUGUGACACGCGGCCGGUAUAUUGA